AUGUCUAAAACAUCUAUUGUGUCGUCAACAAGUUUACAUGUAAUUAAAAUUGAACAACUGAAACAAACAAUUUUUAACAUUGAUUUACAAUUGAGACAGUUUAGAAAUGAAUCAACUCUAUUUAAUAGCAGAAUAAGUCCAGAUCAACUAUUAUCAAUUUUUAAAAAAUUAAUAAAUAUCGCUCGAACUCCUUCGAAUAAUUGUAUUUUGGAUAUGAAUUUGUCAGAAGAAACAAAUAAUGAAGAUUUGGACGAUUUAGAGGAGAGCGAUAUUCAACUGGUUAUGUCAGAAGUACAAAAAAGAAGAGAAACAACAAGAGCAGAAGUCCUCAAAACGUUAAAACGGUGUGAUAACGAUCUUGUUUAUGCUAUCAUGGACCUAGUCGACUGA